AUGAUCUCUUCUCUGGUCUUUGAUCCCCGCCAUAUGUUCGCUCUACAUCUCAUGCUGGUGGACUUCCUAUGGGAUAAGGAUGAUUUGGGCAAGGAGGAGCUGGGCACCAUCCUGAAACAGUUCGUGGGACGUAGAGAUGUUUCCAUCCGAGUGGUCGAGCCUCCGGUGACUUUACCUCCAGCGGACGACAUCUUCUGUCGCGGCACCUCCCUGAUUGGACUGCGCUCAAAGAUGAGAAUGCAAGGGAUCAACCCGCGUUUGAUGCGUGAUGAGGACUGGAGAUCUGACUCGAGACCUGCUAGGAUAGCAGUUAGCAUUGAUUUCGAACCGAGACGACAGUUCUAA